AGCCCGUGGCUCGUUAGGACCAGUUCGCUGUGUUCGUUCUGCGGGUUUGUUGGUCUCGUUGUGGACAGCCUACCGGCUGUACCCCCCGCACCUACGGUCCUGCUUCCAGCCCGGCCUGCCGCGCUGCCGAGCCCUGCAAACAUCAUUUCCAGUGUCCGGCCAGAGAGACAAGUUUGAGCCCUGAGACACAAGAAAGCAAGACCUGCCCCAGACAAUGGCAGCCACACCUGGUCUCCAGCCUCCACCACCCCUGGAGCAAGACGAGAUCCUGAUCGUGAAGGUGGAGGAAGAUUUCUGCUGGGAAGAGGAGCCCUCCCUGGAGUCGGAAGACCCCAGCCCUGAGACCUUUCGCCAGCUCUUCCGGCUCUUUUGUUACCAGGAGGUGGCCGGGCCCCGGGAGGCCCUGAGCCGCCUCUGGGAGCUGUGCUGCCGCUGGCUGCGGCCUGAACUGCGCACCAAGGAGCAGAUCCUGGAGCUGCUGGUGCUGGAGCAGUUCCUGAUGGUGCUGCCAGGGGAGAUCCAGGCCCGGGUGCGGGAGCAACAGCCGGAGAGUGGUGAGGAGGCCGUGGUCCUCGUGGAAGGGCUGCAGCGGGAGCCCAGGAAACAGAGGCAGCGGGGCCUGGAGGUGCUCCCUGAUGAUGUACUGUCCCAUGGGACAGAACAGUGCUUGAAACACCAAGUGGAGGCCAGGCCAGAGGAGCUGUCUCUGGAGGAAGGGUCUGGAUGCUCCAGCCAGCAGGCCCCAGCCCAAUGGAGCCACAGACCAAAGAGGGGCCCAGUGGCCUCCCAGCAUCAGGAGAUGGCGGCAUCGGCCACGUCCUUCGUUUCAUCCUGGUCCCGGGUGCCAGUGACCUUGGAGGACAUGGCGGCGUACCUAUCCCAGGAGGAGUGGGAGUGCGUGGACCCGGCUCAGCGGGACUGCAGCUGGGACAUGCUGCCGGAACACGGGGGGCUUGGGCUGCAACUUGAGGACGGACAGGACACCAGGGAGGACGUGUCAAUGGGAAGGGAGCGGGACCAAGAGCUGGUCAGGGGCCUGGCCAGGCCCGAGCAGCCUCUGGAAAGAGGAGGGCCGCGACGAGUCGAAAAGCCGUACACGUGCCCCGAGUGCGGCAAAGGCUUUAGCAAAACGUCCCACUUGACCAAGCACCAGCGCACGCACACCGGGGAGCGGCCCUACAAGUGUCAGGUGUGCGGGAAGGGCUUCAGUGACCGCUCCAACUUCAGCACGCACCAGAGGGUCCACACGGGCGAGAAACCCUACGCGUGCGCCGAGUGCGGCAAACGCUUCAGCCAGAGCUCCAGCCUGGUCAUCCACCGCCGGACGCACACUGGGGAGCGGCCUUACGCCUGUGCUGAGUGUGGGAAGCGCUUCAGCAACAGCUCCCACUUCAGUGCGCACCGGAGGACACACGCGGGCGAGAAGCCCUUUGUGUGCCUGACCUGUGGCAGGGGCUUCCGCCGGGGCACGGACCUGCACAAACACCAGCGGACCCACAGCGGAGAGCAGCGCCUGCCGGGCUUGCAGAGCCACGGCGUGGCUCCAGGAGGCCCCCGGGGUGAAGCCCAGCCGCCACUCGUUGAGCUGCCCACCUCCAGAGUUCCGUUCAGAAUUUCGAGGUCAGAGUUCAUGAAGCUGCUGGAGUUACUGUCUUGGAACCAGAACCCUAAUCUGAAGGCAUUUCAGACUGACCCUGUUUGCCCCUGGUGGGGGCCCAGCCCAUGGCUGUGGGAUAUUUCAGGUGCCCAGGCAGAGGGAAGAAUCCGGGCACUGAGUUCAGCAGUGGCAGCUGGACAUGGAGCAGGUGGACCUGGGUCCUGGGGCCGCUGUCCAGGUGACCACAGCCUGGGUGGCUCACCACCCCAGGGAUGGAUACUCACCGUUCAGGAGGCUAGAAGACCAAACCCAAGAUGUGGGCAGGGCUGCUUCCUUCUGGAGGCCCUGAUGGGAGAGACUGUCCCACGCCUCUCUCCUGGCUUCUGGUGUUGCCGGUGUCCCCGGUGUUCUUGGCUUGUGGCCACAUCGCUCCCGCCUCUGCCUCUUCUCUGCUCUGGUGUCCUCUUCUAAGGGCACAGUCAUUCGAUUUAGGGCCCCUGAUCCAGAAUGACCUCAUCUCAAUUACAUCUGCAUAGACCUUGUUUCCAAAUAAGGGCACAUGCUGAGGUUGUGGGUGGACAUGAAGCCGGGAACGCUUGUCAGCCCACUUUGGGGAAGGCUCCAGAACUCCAGUUCCUUGGAGCGUUAACAUACCCCAGCCUUCCCUGGCCUCCCACCUUCCCCUCCAGCCUUGCCACACCCAGUAUGUAGCCUGUGGGGGCUUUUUCUGUAUCUCUGUGGUGUUAGCGGGGUAGUGGGGUGAGUUGGGGGUCACCUUCAUAGAUCCAUGGCUGUUCUAAAGGAUGAAUACCUGGUGUGGGAACGCUUCCCUGAUACCCCAUCUUCCAACCUCCCCGGCCCAUGAGGAAGCCUGUGGAUUGGACCAGCCUUGCCAUCUAUCCCCAGGGCAGGAGUCCAGGGUUGCCUUUGCUCCAGCCCCAAGUGGCCAGGACAGAGGCAGCCUUGGCUGCCCCUCUUGGUCUUUCUGAUCUGUUCACAUCCACUGUGUCCUGGGCAGCUGUGGGGAGCAGUAGAGAGUCCUGGUUUCGUUUCGUCAUCACUGGAGUCUUGGAGCAGCUGCUGAAACCCCUUGGUUCUGGAACAUUCCAUGCAGGGAGUGUGGCAAUUUCCCAUGGCGGGGUUGCCUUGGGCCUCGUGCUGUGCUCCAUUCUGUUGGUCACCCAAUCACUGUAGGUAUUUUACACCUUUCAGCAUAACCCAGGUUCCAGGGUGCGUGAUCUGUUCUCGGUUCCCUUAAUAAAGUCGGUCCCUCUG